UAUACGAUAAAAUUAAUCAUGGAGGUCGACGAUUUUUAUAGCACCACCACAGUUAACUAUCAAAUGACAACAUCAGAUCUUUUUACUGACUCAAAUGAGAAGAAUAAUGAUUCUGUUAUCACUGCAGCGGAUGUACGUAAAUUUUUAGAGUUCAUGCAAAGAUAUCAUGCAAAUCACUCCGUCCCGGCGGACUUAGCUGAGUGCCAAGAUUAUUGCAAAGGGCAAUUAUAUCAAUGGCUAAGAGCAUACAAUGGAGUGCAUGGCUAUGUGGCACUACUUAUAUGCAUUUUUGGCACAAUUGCAAAUAUACUGAAUAUUAUUGUAUUAACAAAGAAGGACAUGGCUAAGGCUCCAAUAAAUAAAAUACUGAAAUGGCUAGCCGUCGCUGAUAUGUUUGUUAUGAUUGAAUACAUACCAUUUGCCUCAUAUCAAUAUAUUUAUAUGAAGCCAGGUGAACAUGAUUUCAGUUAUGCGUGGGCCGUGUACGUACUCUUUCACAUGCAUUUUACUCAAAUUUUACACACGAUUUCAAUUGGUCUGACCGUUACAUUGGCCAUUUGGCGCUAUGUGGCCAUAAGACAUCCUCAUGGAUCCUGUGCGACAUUUUUACUAUCUCAUUGCAACGAAGCUAUUAUUUUUUCAUUUAUAAUUUCACCUAUUGUCUGCUUCCCAACAUUUUUUGUAUUCAAAGUUCAGGAACGAUACGUAGAAGAUAGCGUUGACCCUUUAUAUCAUGUAGAUGCUGAUAAGGAAACUCGAUUGUACAGAAUAAAUUUCUGGAUUCAUUCUGUUAUAAUAAAAUUGUUACCAUGCUGCAUUCUGACUGUUAUCAGUUUCAUAUUGGUUCGGGUACUAUGUGAAGCCUCUAAACGAAAACAGAAACUCAAAGACUACAGCAAUCCAAACAAAGCAGUUCAAUUGAAUGAGAGAAGCACGCGUCCUCCGAAAUGUGAUCGCCGCACCGACCGCACAACAAUGCUUUUAGUGGCUGUACUCAUACUUUUUCUUAUUACUGAAUUUCCCCAAGGGAUUUUAGGUCUGCUCUCCGGCAUACUGGAGAAGUGCUUUUUUGCAGCAUGUUAUCCACCGUUUGGUGAAAUGAUGGACCUACUUGCACUAAUUAAUGCUGCUAUUGGCUUUGUUCUUUACGGACUGAUGUCGAAACAAUUCCGCACCACAUUCAAGUCAUUGUUUUUUAAAAGGCAUUUUGGCAGUAUCGAGAUGACACGUCUAACAAGGGUAUGAGUAUAUGAACACAAUCUUUGCCGCAUAGGGAAAAGGAAAUAUUGAGGUUCCUGUUCCUGCUGUUCCAUCCUUAUAAGGAAAUGAAAUGAAUUACUUUUGUAUUU